AUGAGUGAAAGACCGGAAGGGUUCGUCGUGAUCGACGGCCUUGACAUCGUCGAGCCAGAGGGCAGGGAGGCGCCCAACAUCCCAAGGACCGGGGCUCCCAAGCUCCCACGCAUUGGUGCAGAUCAUCAUGACGAGUUCCUGGGGUACAAAACCAAAAUUUUGUUGGCAUUCGAUAAAUGCAAAGAGACGCUCACGUUUGAGCCCGGUUCUCACUUUGCCGCGUCAGACAUUCUUCUACGCGAGGCUCUAUCGAGCCUCAUGAAGAUGACACUAUGUGUGAGAGACGAGCAGGCAACUACAGGCUCAGAUGUUCCUCGGUGCCUCAUGACCAGACUGCUAGCCCUCGAAGACCAAAUUCUUGAAGAAAGCGGUAGGUUACAGGACUCUUGUGGCAAGCCUUCCUACAAUCACAUAAUCCACCGUCACGUAAUCCUCGAGAUCAUGGCCCUCAACUGCGCACGGCUGACCUUGUGGACGCAGAGAUCUAAUGCUGAUAAUUAUCGUGUCCUGCGCAAUCCUGGAGCAGAGCGCUCAGAGAACUUGCUAGAAGAUGGCGAUCUACUUGUAGUGGGCAUGAAAGACGGCCUCGCCGCCCUGAAACAAAGCCUGGAAAAUUAUGUACCUCCUCCUCUGGGGCACCUCAAAGAGAGACGCCGGCGAAAGCGAGUUCUUGCCGUUCUCCAACGACUCAACGAGCCAGUGGAUGACUGUAAUUGCUAUUCAUGCAAUGAGCGUCGCCUCGAGAUCCACCGUGAGCGCCAGGAAGAGGCGAUCCCAGGGAUUUUGCCGUCCUUGCGGGCCUUGUUCUCUCCCAUCGUCCGAUUUUAA